UAAUAUUGAUAACUAAAUCUAUAUUAAAAUAACAUUAAUCUUGGUCGAAAAUAAAAGCUUUUCAGUUCAUCUUUUAAUAAAAAUAAAGUAGUAUUUGGUAACUAUAGAAUGUCUUUACUAAAAACAAAAAAGCAAAAACCCGAUGGCUGUGCAUUGCGAGAGAGGAAAAUCGUGGCUGGGCAAGGGCACAGGAAAAGCGGCCAGGGGAAGUUGCGGCUAGGCAAGGGCACAGAAAUAGCAGCGGUGGCUGGGCUUGCCACAAAUUUCUGCCGAAUUUUUCCUAACUUUGUUAAGUUUUUAUACAUUUGCCGAAUUCCGAACCUGAAACCGGAAAUUCGGCGAAUGCGGUGUCUAAGGUCAAGAUUAUUUGUUCCUCCAGCCUCUUGCAAUCAGGAUUCUAUCACGAGUUGCAAGUUCUUUUGCUGAACGAAAUUGGAGUACAUUCCAAUUUGCAUCUUCUAUCACAUAAGGAACACCACUUCAAGGAUGGGUCAACGAAGCAUUGGGAUAUAACCCUUGAGCGUACCAACUUGGAUGCAACUAUUGAUGAUCUUGCUUGAGUCACUAUGGGUGAUGAUGAUGAGAUACCUACACAUGAUGCACCUAGUGGGAGUGGCACUACUUUGGGUUCAAAUGAUUUUGAACUUGAAAGCAAAUGAUGAUUAUAUUGAUCUAGAUCCUUUUGAUGAUUGAUGAAGAUAGAAGACGAUUAUUAUUUUUUAUUGUCAAUUUUGUAAUCAUAAUGAUUUUCAUUUGAAUCGUGAACCUAGACAUAUAUGAUACAUUGAUAUAUAUUAUAUGGCAUAUGACACAAUAUGAUAAUAU